CGUGGGGGAAGGUGCACCGCCUUGCAGCCGCAGGCGGCGGAAGGCGGAGGAGGCGGUGGGGCGAGGACCUUGCAGCAGCGGGGCCACCCCCUCCCACCGCAGCGCCCCAGGGGCCACCCCUCGGUAGAAGGUCGUGCGAUACUGCGAGCGGCCCGGAAGGGGUUCGGGAGCGGCCCUUCCUUUGGGCUCCGGGCCAAGGGCCGCACCAGGCGGCGACCGCUCUCUGGACCGGUGGCGGCUGGGCGUCCGCGGAGGGCCCGCCGGAGCUGUCGCCGCCCGCGCCCGCUCCGCCAUGGGCGCCGCCGGCUCGUCGGCCCUGGGCCGCCUCGGCCUCCCCGCGUCGCGCCUCCCCGCGCAGCCCCGGCCCGGCUGGCUCGCGGUGACCGCGCUGGGACUGGCCGCCGUGGCGCUGGGGACCGUCGCCUGGCGCCGCGCGCGGUGCAGGCGGCGCCGGCGGCUGCAGCAGGUGGGCACGGUGGCGCAGCUCUGGAUCUACCCGGUCAAGUCCUGCAAGGGGGUGGCGGUGAGCGCGGCGGAGUGCACGGCCCUGGGGCUGCGCUGCGGCCACCUGCGGGACAGGUUUUGGCUUGUGGUCAACGAGAAGGGGAACAUGGUCACUGCUCGGCAGGAACCCCGUCUGGUCCUGAUUUCCCUGACUUGUGAGGGCGAUGCCCUGACCCUCAGUGCAGCCUACACGAAGGACCUGCUGUUGCCCAUCAAGACACCUGCCACAAAUGCCGUGUACAAGUGCAGAGUGCACGGCCUGGAGAUCGAGGGCAGGGACUGUGGGGAGGCUGCGGCCCAGUGGAUUACUAGCUUCCUGAAGACACAGCCCUACCGCCUGGUGCACUAUGAGCCUCACAUGCGACCGAGAAGUUCUCACCAAAUAAUGGAUGUGUUCCAGCCCACAGACCAGAUUGCAUACUCAGAUGCCAGCCCCUUCUUGAUUCUCUCUGAGGCAUCUUUGGCAGAUCUCAACUCCAGGCUGGAGAAGAAAGUUAAAGUGGCUAACUUCAGGCCCAAUAUCGUCAUUUCAGGGUGUGGUGUCUAUGCAGAGGAUUCUUGGGAUGAGCUUCUUAUUGGUGACGUCAUACUGAAAAGAGUAACGGCUUGUUCCAGGUGCAUUUUAACCACGGUGGACCCAGACACUGGCGUCAUGAGCAGGAAGGAGCCGCUGGAGACCCUGAAGAGUUAUCGCCUGUGUGACCCUGCUGAGCAAAAGCUAUACGGAAAAUCGCCUCUCUUUGGGCAGUAUUUUGUUCUGGAAAACCCAGGGACAGUCAGAGUGGGAGAUCCUGUGUACCUGCUGGGCCAGUGACAGGAAUCCUGUCCUGGAAUAUCAGAUACCUUGAAAAAAGAUAUCGUCAGAGAUGCUGGGAAGCACGCCUGUGGAACCGAUACCUCAGCAUUUUCUUUGGGUCUGUGACUUCCGGGUUUGUUUUUUUGUUUGUUUUUUGUUUUUUGCCUUUUAGACUUCUUUGUGCCUCAGUCCUUCCCAGGGUCCCAGUGCACAAGGCAAAGAAAUAAGUCCUUGGGAGCUUAGUAGGACAUCUGCAAGGCACUUAAAUGACAAGGUAGAACACCGAAAAUCCCUUGUUUAACUGUGAUUGUGGAAUCUGUUCCCCUUUUCCAUUCACCUAUCCAGAGGGCUAACCUCCAUCGUCUCAUUACCACUCCGGAGGAAACAAAAGAGGAAGGGUGGGGAAGUGUGAAGAAUGUUCUGGAAGAAUGCAAUGGAAAUGACAUAGCUCCCCAGAUAAGGCUGGAGUGUCACAUCCCUUUUCUCCUCAAGCCCUGGACUACGUUUUGAGGAGGCAUAAAGACCCCGAUCUUUAGGAAACACUUAAGAUGUCAACCUCUUAUAGAUCAUCAUGGAACUGGCACUUCUACUUCUCAGACAACGUCCACAGGAUUGGAUGGAUCCUUCAAUAGCACGCAGUGCCUCUGGGCUGUAGAACAGCAGAAAUGUCAUGGUGCAAAGUCAACCAUUGAGAACAGCCAUUGCUGGCAGACGCCCACAGGCAACACGUGGAAAGCAAGACAGGAACAGACUUCCUUGUCUUGAGACAAAUGUCAAGUACAUCUCAUUAGUGAUCCAAACGUUUUUCCCAACAUAAGAGAGUGGGCGGUAGCCCCAGAAAGGGGAAGACGUCUGAGACGCUGUUAAAUGUUGCCCAGUGAAAUAGUGGCGCCCCUCUUGGCGGAUGAGCAAAAAGAAGCAGAAAGAUGACGCCCCCUGGUGGUGGUUAAUGAUAGCUUAGCCCAUGCUGUGGAAAAGAUUGAAAAAAAAAAAUACCUGUGAUUGGGUUUUAAUUUUCUAUCCCUGAUUUUUUUUUUUUAAGGAAGUGGGGACACCCUCCAGGUACUCUCUACUUCUCAGCUGUAAGUAUUUGAUUUCCUAAAAGCUCUCAGGAGGGUGGCUCUGUUGUCACAAAGCCCCCUGGGAUCCUUGCUGGUCUCAUCAACUCAUGGCUGGGUGCUCCUCCUCAAAUUAAGGGUGAGAAAGUUCUGGAGUCCGUGGAUGAGAAGAAGCGUGAUUUUGUGAUUUGAAAUGGGCCGCUGAAAACCGUUCGAAGGAGAAGAGGAAAUCAUGUCAGUUCAUUAAAAACCGCUAUCUAAUCUUUCUACUUUCUAUGAUUUAGCUCUAAGAGCUGAGGAACCAUAUCCUUCACUGCUGUUUUGUCCUUAGGAAGCUGACUAAAUUGUGAAAAAAUGUUCCCAAACUGUAAAUAAACGGAAGCUACUCUAACUCGUUUCAGGUCUUACUAACUUCUUGGCACAAAAAUCGGACUUUGAAGCCUGACUGAUGUGAAUGGGCGAAGCCGGUAAUUGUGCCGCCUGACCAGAGCUGGGUCUCUUACAGAUGGAGCUGCUCACACACAGCUUCCCCAGGCGAACACCCAUCUCCGAUGGGCUGUCAAGCAAACAUGCUUUUCACCAAAAGCUGUGCGUUCUCCACGUCGGUUUUAUAAAAGAGGUUAGUAAUCACUGGAAUCUAGCCCAGCUCCGAGGUAACCUUGGAAGUCAACAGGUGCAUCUAUGUGUGUUUUCUGGUUGGUGAUUCGCUCCAAUUUGUUUUCUGCACCCUUGGCAUGAAGCAGAGAGCGAAAACGAUCGGUCAGGUCACCUGGCCCGUCACCUUCCCCUAGUAAAUCCACUUUGUGCUGAAACUACAGGUAGACUGAGGCAAAAAUAAGAGUUCGGCAAGUAACGUUACGAAUGGGACCUUGGGAACCCGUGGUGGAAUGCAGCCGGGAGUUAAGAAACCAUGUGAAGAUUGACUCUGAGAACAGCCAAUAGUUACGCACCAGUGACAAACUCAAGGUUGGUUCGGUAGCUGUUCCUAGGGAUUUGUGAUCGGUGGCAAGCUGAAUGCCUUCGCCUGAAUUUCUAGCCCUUUGUAAAUAGUAACAUCCACUUCCCCAGCGACCCAUUCUGUGUCAAAGGCCAUACUUCCUGCAGACCCUGUCGUUGUCUGUGGUGCAGAGCAGCCCUCGAAUGGAGGGGGCGUGCGGACACCGUCGUUUGUUGGGGGUCCCCUUCUGCCCCUCAGGGUGGGAGGAAGAUUCCUGUCUGGAGAGAGAAGUUCCAAUGACCCCUAGAAUCUCAGAGGACCUGCCAAGCUUUGUGUCAGUGAGAUUUAAGAGCCAUUUACUUGUGUUGAUUUUAUAUUUAAUGAGUUGGUUCAUGCCCAAGGCCGGGCUGAUGCCUCGUUUGUGUUGGAUACCGACCAUUUGCACACAAUUCCACUUGAAAUAUAGGAUCAGGAUUAGAGACCGUCACAGACCCUCAGAACGGUCUUACCGCCGUGGGCGAUGGACAUUUGAGGUCAGGCCAGAACGUCCACUCCUGCUGGGUAUUGUGUUUCACUCUAGGUGGCAAUUUAUGCUUUCAUCGCAGCAGAGAAUUAGCAGCCGAGAGCUGGAGAUGCUGAGAAGGAGAGUUUGAGAGAGGCCCCGGGCAGGCUGCUCAAAGGCUCACGUUCAUGGUUGUUCCACAGAAAAAGUGGGAGCUGCACACCCAGGAGACAGAAGCAGUGACGUGUACAUGCAAGGGCAGACAGAAAUCAGGCUAGGCACGCUGGAAAUCGGGCAGUUGUCCGGCACUGAGAGAUCCCCUCCUCCUCUCUUUCUGCCCUUAGGGAUGCAGGGGCAGGGUGAGGAGGUGCGCUCGGGGAUCGCGGCCAGUUCGGUGAGACCGUGCGGAGGCCGGGCCAGCUUGUGACUUUGGGAAGCCGUCUGUGAGGCUGUGACCCACAGUAAUGGCAGGCUGGAGCACCAGGCACGCGACCCCAGGACUCUGAUAGGGUGACAAGUUGGAGCGGCCCAUGACAGCGGAGAGUCCCUCAGAUGUGCCGGAGAGGCUCUCACACCAGGCCGCGACUGUAGGUCUAGCCAGGGCGCUGGUGCCACCCCCGAACACGACGCUGCCCUAGGUCUUGUUGGUCCGUGAAACCCUGAAAGGUUGCCUGCAGGGACGCUCCUGAAAAGGCAUUUCUUGGACCGGUGACUCUGGGAAGUCCCGCACACCUCCCUUCAGGCUUUCUUCACAGGCCCAGCAGCUCAUGGGACGUGCGGGACCUAAAAUGAAGGAUUCUGCUCGACACUGCCCUCCCCUACACUCUAUACCUGACCCCUCUCAAGAAAUCUGCUCUGACCGCUAGAUCUCUAGAGGGAGCACCAGCCAGGGGCAAGGAAUCAUGAUUAGCAGGAAUGGUGCCCUCCCGAGAAGGCCCAGCCACAUGGAGGAGGCCUCUCUUGGGAUGUUUCCUCUUGUCUUUUCUCUCAUCCCUCUGGGGCUGAAGGGUGGGACUGAGGCUCAAAGGUGAAAGGAGGUGUGGAGACAGCAUCUUUGACCAGCUUCGCUAUUGUGGCGGACCUUGGGGAGAAGCCUUCCUUUCCUCUGGACUCAUUUUCCAAACCUGCGUUCAUGGAUGGAUGGCGGGGAUCAGGGUUGGCGGGGCAGACGCAGACUCUAGUCCUGGCCUUACGACACCACACAAAGUGCUCCAGGAUGCCCUCCGCACCAGGGAGGGGCACGAUCUUUCCAUCUGUUAGCUUUACCUUUCCCUUGCAACCUCUCAGCUAGAGCUGCCUCCUACUACUUUAUUUGUAUUAUUAUUAUUAUUUUUUAAAUGUUUAUUUAUUUUUGACAGAGAGAGGGAGACAGGGCAUGAGCGGGGGAGGGGCAGAGAGAGAGGGAGACCCAGAAUCGGAAGCAGUCGGCACAGAGCUGUCGGCUCCGAGCUGUCGGCACAGAGCCCGACAUGGGGCUCGAACUCACAGACCGUGAGAUCCUGACCUGAGCCAAAGUCGGACACUCAACUGACUGAGCCACCCAGGCGCCCCACCUCCUACUGCUUUAAGCAGAACUACCCCAGGCUCUUAGUGCUUCUGACCAUACACAUAUACUCCCUUUAUACCAUGAUCUUUAAAAAAAAGUUUUUUUAAUGUUUAUUGAUUUUUGAGAGAUAGAGAGACAGAGCAUGCGUGACGGAGGGGCAGAGAGAAAGGGAGACACACCCUCUGAAGCAGGCUGCGGGCUCCGAGCUGCCAGCACAGAGGCCGAUGUGGGGCUCGAACUCGUAGACCGUGAGAUCAUGACCUGAGCCGAAGUCAGACGCUUCACUGACUGAGCCACCCAGGUGCUCCCCUUUACACCGUGAUCUUAUAUCCGUAAGAGCACCGUUUGCUUCUACCACUUUCUUAGAAAUGGACAAGUGAGUUUUGAUAGUGCCUGAAUUUGCCCAGUUUCAAGCAAGGGGAAGAAUUUGGUUGAAGGAUUCAACAAAUGCUCUUGGAAUUGGGAUAAUAGAAAUGUGCCUGAGGUAUCCCUUUGUCCGCUUUGACUGCAGCGUCUUCAGAGGAAGAGGCCCAGGCAACAGCUUUGGCCAUGAUCCUGGUCUCCCUCAAAACACAGCUGAUAGGGGACUGGUGGGGCCAUCUGGUCCCAUCCUCUUGGGCCGAGCUCAGAAAGAGGAGUUGCCCUAAUCACAUUAUUAGUCUUCCUGGACAGGCUGUAGUAACAAAAGGGGCUGAGAAGUGCCUUCUGAUUUAACUUGUUCCAAGGCCAAUUUUGAUGGGUGGGUCAAGUUCAAUCACGUUUGGAUAUUGACCAACCUAAUCUAUUCGCCCUUGGUGGUCGUCAGUCGGGCCCCCAUACCUUCACAGGGCAUUCUAGACUGCACUUCCUCCCACUUCCCUCAUGAAGCCCACAGACCCUGAUUCUUUCCCUUCCUUUCCUUCUCUGUACCUUCUACCAAUCCCUGACCUGUAUCUUCCGGAGUCCAGACUCUAGUAUUGGCAGAGCUCAGUGGGACCUAAGUUAAGGCUAACUUCUAGCUCUGUCUUUGGGAUUUGCUGGGAGUAAGGUAAAGAAAGUAUUGUCAUAAUUAUUUCUGAUUAGUAUUUUUACACCUAAUAAAGUCUCAAAGGGAUUGUGGUCCAGGGGAGGGGCACCUCCCAGAUGACCUUGCCCAGCAAUUAAAUCGGCUUGUUAGUUGGAGGCCCAGGAUGGCCGAGGACAGCUGGAGAACUCUUCUUUGCAAGCAGCUCUGGUUAACAUCAACCGGGAAAGCUCUCUGUAAACACAUGAAUAAUUGAUCGUCCAGCGCUCACAUAGCUACUGAGGAUCUGAGCCUGUAUGACUCAUUUGCAAGCCAUUCCUGUCGUCUGGAUGCCAUAACAUUGGAGGAAUGAUGAUCGUUUCUUGGAGAUUCUUCUGUGGCCAGAGUUGCCAAGACCAAGGCUGUAAUGGUUUGUUAUGAUGACCUUUGUUAUUCCAUUAGGCUCAAUUGCUUUAAAAAAUGAUGUGUGCAUACUUUAGGAACGUUUUUACCCUUUACGUUGACCUGACAUCAUAGUUUAUAUUACAAAAUGUAUUAAUGACAGAGGAGUGUUUUCAUGUCCCAAGGACAAGUUUUAACAACCAUAAUCUGCCCUUAGUCACCAUAAAUAUAAAUGUAUUGGUCAAACAGAUCUCGUUAAUGUGGCCAAGAUAAAUGCAAGUCUAUAUUUUAAGGCAGUUGAAGUUCUAGAGAAUAUUUGGAGCUUUUUGUGGGGCUAAGAGAUCUUGUGUAUGUGCUAUCAAAAGGCUGAGAAAAUUAACAUGUUCCCCCCUCUGGUUUUCUCUUUGGACCGAUAUAACGUCUUGGGAUGUCAAGUAAGAUUGUUCACAUAGUUUCUGGACUCCAUUAAUGCCUGAUGGGGUGAAGCUUAGUUCUUAAAGCUGUAUUCUUUUCAUUGUGCUCACAGUGCUUUUGAAAAGAAACAACAUAUUUCAAGGCUUUAAAAAAAUUUUUUUUUCCUAAAUGCUUAUUUAUUUUUGAGAGAGAGACAGAGCGUGAGCAGGGGAGGGGCAGAGGGAGAGGGAGACACAGAAUCCGAAACAGGCUCCAGGCUCUGAGCUGUCAGCACAGAACCCGACGUGGGGCUCGAACUUACAGACCGUGAAGAUCAUGACCUGAGCUGAAGCCAGACGCUUAACCGACUGAGCCACCCAGGUGCCCCUAAAGAUUUCAAGUCUUAGCGAUGUGUUGCUCAACGACAUUUUCCUGUAUUACACUGUGCCUUCAAGUUUUAAUUAUAUUAGUGCCCCCUGCCCCAUCAUUUUGCUUCCUGUAGGAGGAGCCCCUUUUCAACAGAUGUGAGGCUGACAUUUUGCAUCAUUUUAGUUGACAACGUCUAUACACUGGCAGACGACCUUCUGGCCGCGGGCUGUAGGACUGGUCGAACGCUUCAUCUUCCUCUCUGUGACGCCACACUCAGAAGUGUUGGCCUUUGCUGGCGGUGUCCACAUUUUAAGCUUCUCAGGCAGAAAAUAAAUCCUUGUUUAGAAUCCUU